AUGAGCUAUGGCAAGAAGUCAUGGAAUGAAUGGGUUUUGGAAGACGAGGAACUUGUCUUCAGUUUGAUGAAGAAGGCCUAUGAUGUGGGUAUUCGUACUUUUGACACUGCUGAUAUGUACUCAGAUGGCCAUUCUGAGAUUCUUGUAGGAAAGUUCCUCAAAAAGUACAACAUCCCCCGUUCCACUAUUGUCAUUUUGUCCAAAUGUUAUAACAAGUGUGACUCUGAUCCUUCUAUUGAGAACACUGAGCUCAAUUGGAUCAACCGAUGGGGUUUGAGUAGAAAGCACAUCUUUGAUGCGGUUGAGGAUUCUGUGAAGAGACUUGGUACUUAUAUUGAUGUCUUGCAAAUUCACCGUCUCGACAGAGAAACCAGCAAGGAGGAGAUCAUGGAGGCUCUUCACGAUGUUGUUAAGAGCGGCCAAGUCAGAUAUAUUGGUGCCUCCAGUAUGAGAGCUACUGAAUUUGCCCAAUUGCAAUUCAUUGCUGAGAAGCACAACUGGACCAAGUUCAUUUCCAUGCAAAACUUUUACAACCUCGUGUAUCGUGAGGAGGAGAGAGAAAUGAUCCCUUACUGUAAGGAGACUGGCGUCGGCCUUAUUCCUUGGUCGCCAGUCGCCCGUGGCGUCUUGGCUCGUCCUGUCGGUGAAGGAUCUCUCCGUUCCAGUACUGAUAAAUUCGCCAAGUUCCUUAAAUUAGGCCAUGCAAAGGAGGACCAAGAGAUUAUCAACCGUGUUGAGGAAGUUGCCAAGAAGAGAGGAAUUUCCAUGGCACAAGUUGCUAUUGCUUGGACUCUUUCCAAAGGAACUGCUCCUAUUGUCGGUUUUAACAAGCUCGAGAGAAUUGAUGAGGCUGUAGAGGCUAUCUCAAUCAAGUUGACCGACGAGGAGAUUAGCUACCUUGAGGAGCCUUAUAUUCCUCAUCCUGUUGCUGGCUUUUAA